CACACGUCACUUCCUGUACCGCAAAGAUUGUGGUACAAGCUGAGAGGGCCAGCAGACGCGCACAAAUGUUUCCAAAUAAAAACUUCGCCACUCUCAGGGACAGAAAAGUCAGUGCGUAUAGUGCAUAAUACGUCCUGGAUGUAACAGUGUUGAGAUUGUCGAAUAAGGUGGCCGAAAAGAGUCGUGCAAAGGCGGCGGAUUUUGAGGAAGGGGCCAUCAUGCUGGACUAAGGAGGAAGUUGAGGGUCCCUCAUCUUGUGCGAUGCACCAUGGCAGAGUCUGCAACCAGCCCGGCAAUUCUGCUCUGUGAUGCAGAGACUAGCUGCAGUCCGAGGGCGAUUAGCGACAGAGACGGCUUUGAGGCUGAAGUUCCGAUCAAGAGUCUCAAGGUCGAGGAGGGCUUCUGCUUGCCCGAGAGCAACCCGAGAGUAGACUUCUGGUUUUGUGAAGACUGCAAGGAGUAUUUCAUAGAUGAGUGCCCCAGCCAUGGUCCCCCCGUCUUUGUGGCUGACACUCCGGUUCCCCUGGGGGUUUCUAACCGUGCCGCCCUCACAGCCCCCUCUGGCAUCCAUGUCAUCCAGGAAGGAGGUGAGAUGGACGUGUGCUGUGUGGACAGGGGCAUCCUCAAGGGCUGCAUCUUUGGCCCGUACCAGGGAGAGGUGGUCUCUCAGGACAAAUCUUCAGGCUUCUUCUCCUGGAUGAUAGUUGAUGAAAACAACACCUACAAGUCCAUUGAUGGCAGUGAUGAAACCAAAGCCAACUGGAUGAGGUACGUGCGCACCUCAGCUGAAGAGAGCGAGCGGAACUUGACCGCCUUCCAGCAUGGAGAACACAUCUACUUCCAGGUUUGCCGGGACCUGCAUGUGGGCGAGAAGCUACGGGUAUGGUACAGCGAUGACUACAUGGCCCGCCUGCAUAGCACGUCCCUGGACAGUGGAAGCCACGCCCUGGCCUCAGCUUUCAAAGGAGAGGAGCUUCCUGUUUGGUCAAGCCCAUGGAACGUGACCGCAAGAGACAGGGAAGCCACACAGGCACUGAUAGAGCACUACGGCUCUCCAGAGAUACAGGGCCUGCUCAAUGACAGGACCACCAAAACCAAACAGAUUUUUGAGAUCAUUGCCUGCAGAAUGGAGGCACAGGGCUUCCUGGUCAGUGAGAACUCAUGGAAGGCAGGUGAGCGCUGCUUUCAGAAGUGGAGGAACUUGGAAAGGACUUACAAGGACUAUGUCUUGGCACGCAAGAAGACUGAUGCUGGGAGGAGGAAGCAACCUGAGUUCUUUGAGCAGUUCCAUGCCCUCAUGGGCCAGCGGCUGAGCUCCAAGUUGGCAGCAGCAGCUAACUCUCCUGCACGUGCUGGAGCCAGUGGAAAGGCCGUUGCUCCACCUCCAGCGUUGCCGCUCUACACCAUCGUGGUCCCUGCCAGCCAUCCUGUAACUGUCAGCAUCCCCUCCACCUCCGCCUCAGAGACGGAGAACAGCGUCCACGCCGGCACCACAGGGCCAGAGCCUCUGACCAGGAAACCAGUGAGGGAGAGAGUCCCUCACACAAAGCUGCUGCAAGACCGUGAGGAGAAGGAAGAGAAGACAGAGAAGCGUAUCCAGAAGAAGAGGAGGAGAUCGUGGUUGGGGCAGAAGGCAGCUGAAAAUGGAGGGAUCCUGCCAGUUUGGUCAGACCGGAAGGUGACCCACCUGGACGUGGAGGCCACAGAGGCGCUGGUGGAACUCUAUGGUUCUCCUGAGAUUCAGGGGCUGAUCAAGGAGAACAAAACCCGAACCAAGAGGAUAUUUGAGAUCAUCGCCAGCCGGCUGGAGGAACAGGGCUUCCCCAUAAGCGAUGUGCCGGAGCGGGCUGGUGAGCGCUGCUUCCAGAAGUGGAGGAACUUGCUGAGGGCGUACAAGGAGUACGUCAUGCAUCCAGAGAGGCCGGAUGCUGCCAAAAGGAAGCCACCUCCUUGCUUCGAGCAGCUCCGGGACCUCCUAGGGCACCGGCUCAGCGUACAGCCGUCAGCCAACGACGGCCCUUGUGACGGCACCAGCCCCGAUGAGGGAGCAGACACCGAGGUGGAAGGUGCGUGUCAAUCAAGUCCCCCUGAUGGGGUCAGUAUGCCCUCCAACUCCUACCUCUACGCAGUUCCCUCAGGACCCACUCCGAAGCGGAAAAGGGUCACUGAUGUGGCAGAGCUUCUCCAGGAGCUCAGGGAAGAGGACCGGCGAAUGGAGCAGGAGAGGGAGAGAAGGGCGGAGAAACGCUUCCAGGAGCUGCAGAGCCUGCUCCAGCAACAGCACAUGGAGAAAAUGAUGCUGAUGAAGGAACUGAUUGGCGCCCUCAAGAAAAAGUGAUGGGCAUUCCUGCAAACACGAUCUUUUUACUUUCCUUAAUAGUAUAGCCUUUUAUUUUUUAUCUGAAUGUGGCUCUUGAGAACAUUGUGUUACUGUUUUUUUUUUU